CACAGAUAACACAUACAUCAGCUCGUGUGGCCGGCGGUCGGGUCGGGUCAGUCACUAGUGAGUGCAUCCAUAAGUUAGUUAGCGUCCUUGAGCUGUUUGAGCUCGAAACGGCGCGGCAGAAUCUCCUGCUCGAUGCCCUGGAUGGAUGGUAUGUGCCCAGAACACACACACACACAUUGGAUUGGCAUAGUCGCAUCAUGACAGUGUCUCGUCUGUCUCUUGCUUGUGACCUGGACGACGAAUGACUUGAGCAUGUCUGGCGCAUCCGGCACGUCGAGCUUCAACUGACGAACGAACCACCAGUGCAGUGCACGCACACACAGACAGAGAGAGAGAGGUAAGGAAGGUCACACCCGACCCGACCCGACCCGACCCCUGUAUGUCUCUGUGUAUGUGUACGGUAGGUACCUCAUGCAGUCGGUCGGCGGUGUCGUUGAAUCCCCGAAUGAUGUCGUCGGCAUGCAGCUCCUUGGCGUCCUUCAAAUGAGAUAUCAAACCCAGCGCAGCUGUGUGCAUCAAUCACAACAGGAGAGGACACACGCCAGACAACAUAACCCAACCCCACCCCGUGGCUUGGCUUGCAUGAUCCAUGGGAUGGAGGGGCACUACAUACACUUGCCUUCGCACUCUCUGCCGCUGCGUUCCAUGGCGAGUGAGAUGGUUUUGCGGACGAGUUCGGCAGCCUGUGGGGGCGCCAGGUCCAUCUCCUUGACGCACCGGAGGGCCUCAUCCUUCUCGAGCGAAUCGAAAUACUCCAGGAUCGUCGUGUGCAACUGACCACACCACGCGACACAGAAACAGGUGUACUGUACCCAUGUGUGUGUGUGUAUGAUGUGGUUGCCUUGCCCUCACCUCUUCCUUGAAUCGCAUGGCCUCGUCAGACGUGGGGUCAACACCUGUCCAGAUCUGCACACAAGGGACGGACAACACAAGGGAGGGGAUGGGCCCACCCAGUUCAGUUGUCUGUCUGUCUGUCUACCUUUCUGAAUCGUGCGGUGAGGCACUUCUCUCCCUCGGACAGCAACGCCAUGGCCUUGCGCGCCACAUCCAUACCCGACGUGCCACCCACACGCAGACGCAACGCAUUCUGUCCAUCCACAAUGUGACACAUUGCAUUGCAUCGCAACAUCAAUCACAUUUGAAUGGACUGGAUGGACAUGAGCCUCUCCCGUCUCGUGUCGUCCCCCUCCCUCCCCUCCCCUCCCUCCAUCUGGCCGGACCGACCUGCAGGAAUAUGGGCGGCAGGAUCUCGUCAACCACCGCCCUCAACUGCACACAGCAAACCAAACCAACCAACAGCACAAACAAAAAGCCAGCUGGCCGUUGUGUUUGCCAUGCCAUCCACUCCACUGGCUCCCCUGGCUUCACCCAGGCUGGGCUGACCAUGAAGUUAAGUAGGUAUUCGGGGGCUCUGGGGCAGUCGAGUGUCCAGUCGUCCAUGGCAGCCAUCAGCCGCGAGAAGGCCAGCUGGAUGUCGUCACCCUUGACCUCCUUGCCGUAGAUCGACGACAGCAAACUUGACACUAUCUCGCGGUGGCUGCACAGCACACAACACACAUUCAUACAUCCAUCCCCAGCCAACGGGGAGAGGGCUGGGCCAUUUACUUUAUAGGAUGUGAUGUGUGUGAUCCAUGUCAUGACUGACAUGCACCUUACUCACCGGUCGCUUCUGUCGCAUGAGGCGGUGAUGAGUUUCUUGACGAACUCGUGCUGGAACGACACCGGCGACGAAGCGGACGACUCGGACAGCGUCUGCAAUGCAUUGCAAUGCACCCAAACAUGAUGUACAUACAGGCGAUCCAUUGAAUUGAUGCCUGUGAAGGGUGGGUUUGUUGUGCGGCUCACUGACUCGUUUGACUUCAUCUUCGCCGCCUCCCUCAAGGAACUCGUCCACACACUCAGCCAUCUUGCCCCUGUACGCCACCAACCUGCACACACACACAUACAGUGAGUGUGUGAGAUGGAUCGUGUGUGGCGUGGGGUGCGUCUCCGUGUUGGUUCAGUUCACGUACUGGUCGAGUUGUUCCUUGAGUUGUGGGUAUUCCCUCUGGUUGUCCUCUGUCUCCAUCAGGGCUCUCAGGAACUGCUGCGGGUACCGGUGGGCGAACGAGGCGUCCAGGCACCCGUCAGCUAUGGCGCAGUCGAUGAACGACACCAACUGCUCGCGGAAACCGGGGUCGUCCUGACACACGUGAAACAAACAAACGCAUGUGUGACAUUUAAGACAACCACACGCAAUGCACCCUUGGCUUGGUAGGUGGGCCUGCCUCGUGUGUGAGUGUACCAGUACGAUAUCGUCGGCCCUCUGGAUGAGUUUCUCGAACCCCCUGGUGAGGUGCUGCUUCGUCAACACGUGGCUGUCGUACAUGACCGUCAACAACGCAGCUGAUGGCACAAUACAAUCACAUCACACAUUCACACACACAUUCUGUCAGCAAGUCUGACGUAUCACCACUUCAGUGCAGUGCAGUCAGUGCGUUUGUGUAGACGAGAUGAGUGGCUGCGGUGCGGUGGGCUGACCGUACAUGUGAGUUGCUGUGCCUUGGUGUCCCUGUCGCAGGCCCGCAGGACGACCCUGGCGACGAGGUCGUCGUAAAAAGACGGGCAGUUGAGUGCCUUCAGGGCCUCAGUCGCCUCGGCGCUGUCCUCGUUGGUCAGGUACUCAUCCAAUAUCAACGGCCAGCGGCUCGAAAACUCCUCGUAGUUGAUCACCUGCAGCACAGGCAAUGGAUGGAUGGAUGAAAGGGCAUAUGAUGGCAUGCAUGGUCAAGUGAGUGCUGGCUGUGGCUGUCUUGUUGGUUGGUUGGUUGGUGGCUAAGCUCCCCCACCGACCGGUUUGUCGUGUGCGGAUUUCUCCCCGUGGUAGCUGGACGAGUGCCGCCCCUUGUCCUGGAAGGUGCGCGACAGGUCCAUCUCAACCAACACAUAGUCGUCCUGACAUAUUGGUGCAAUCAAUGCAGACAACACACACACAUACACACACACAUUGAGUGCUUACCAACACACACCGUGUGUUGUGUGUCUGCCCACCCCACGCGCCUCGCCUGUCUCCGCGGUGGAUGACGUACGAUUGUGCAUUCAUUUCAUGUGUACCUACCUCUCCUUCGCUGUCAUAGUUGGGGUCGUGUGAGUCGAUGGGCUUGGCGACGGCCUCCAGCUGGUCACGCACCUGGUUGGUCUUCUUGCCUGGGUCAUCGAGUGAGGCAGACAGACAGAUCUCAAUCAUAUGAGCGCUUCGGCCAUCUGGAUGGCCACCCCACCAUCCUUACCGAUGAUCUUCUCGUACAUCGUGGGUGGGCGUUGGAUGAGAUGAGAGGGAGGGCCUCGAGGAGGGCGCACACCCGCCUCCUCACUCACGAGUGGGCCGGCUGCAACGGUGGUCUUCGAAUGUGAGGAGCUGCCACGUGGUCGUGCGCCAGUCAGCUUGGCGGUGUGGCUAACUGCCGCCUGCACUGGGCAGUGCCUGGCGAUGCGCAGAGGCCGCCAAGGCUCAGAUUUUGA